AUGGCCGCCCGUGCCAAGCAAGUGCUCAAGCGCCACGCGCGGACCGCGUUCGUCUUCCACGCGACUGUCUUCGCUUCGACGCUCGCGGGCUCCUACGCGGCCAUCCGACAGGGCAUUGACCUGCCGUCGCUCGCCACCCGCGUGCCCUUCGUCGACCUCACGAAAGUGGACCCCGACGCCGGUACGCUCGCGCUCGCGUACCUCUCCACCGUAGCCACCGGUCCCGUCCGGGGCGCGCUCACUAUCGCCGCGACGCCUCUCCUCGCGCGCGUACUCGCCCGCAGUCGACUCCUCCACAAGAGGUAA